UUAUGCAUUGUUCGAGUGGGGAAAAAUUUUGCAAGAAUUUUUACGGAAGCUCCUCUCAGCCUGCAAAGCUUGUGAUUAAAAUUGUAAUCGUUCUUGUUCUUGUCAUUCUAUAGUGUGUUCGUUACAACUGAAGAAAUGUCCUGUUGAGACAUGAAUCAUUGGCGUCAUGCAAUUACCAUUCCAGUUUUGCAUUUUUUUCGUAUAAUUCAGUGAGUUCAAGUACAGCUAAUAACGAUGCAGAAAUCACCGGAGGCGGUAGAAGAACUUAGAAAAUUGUUCUUCGAUAAACUGAAAGUGGAAUCAGAAAAUAAAUCAAAUUUUUUCCACCCAUUAGAUAUCGAACGCAUUAGAAGUAAUGAAACUUGGGUAAAUAGAUUUUUGACUCAUCAUGAAGGAGAUAUAAACGAAGCAUUAAAUAUGAUCUGGGAAACUUGCGAAUGGAGAAAGAACAAGAAAGUGAAUGAAAUAAAUGAACAAAAUGUCAAGCUGGAAUAUUUAAAGGAUGGCUCACUAUUUCCAUAUGGCUGUGAUAAAGAUGAAAAAACUAUGCUAGUCUUCAAAUAUAAAAUGCAUUUCAAAUGUCAAAAAGAUUUUGAGGAACUGAAACGCUGUCUGAUCUAUUGGUUCGAAAGGUUAGAAAGACAAACGAAUCAUGAUCAAAUUACAAUUUUUUUCGAUAUGAUGGACUCUGGUUUGAGUAACAUGGAUAUGGAAUUUUCGAAAUAUAUUAUCAAUUUAAACAAGCAAUAUUAUCCUUCCUUUAUAAACUACAUUUUGAUAUUCGAAAUGCCUUGGGUGUUAAAUGCUGCGUUCAAAAUAAUUAAAUCUUGGCUUCCCGGGAGAGCUGUGCAAAAAAUUAAAUUUCUAAAUAAAGCUACUAUUAAGGAAUACGUCAAUCCUAAUAAAAUGCUCGUUAGUUGGGGAGGAGAAGACGAAUACACUUUUUCAUUCGUUCCGGAGGUUAGAAUUGAGCUGUCAACAGUAUGUAAAACGGAAGAAAUUAAAAAAAAGACUGUUCAUUUCGCGUUGAAUCAUUCAUCAUCUUCCGAAAGUUCGCCUAUUUCUAGUUCAUUUCGAGAUAUGAAAUCGGAAGAUUUUUCAUCUUCAGGUUUUUUUUUGAUAAGGGUAAUACACCCGGACACGGUGCAUUUCAAUUGGAAUGGAACUGAAUUUGUCGGUUCCAUAAACGUCGAAAAUAUUAGUAAUAAGAAUGUACUUUAUAAGAUUAAAACCACGUCUCCAGAUCGGUUUAGAGUGCGUCCUAAUUCGGGAUUUCUGCAGCAAGGCGUAUCUGCCAAAAUUACCGUCGUUUUACAGAAUGGUUAUCAAAUUGAAUCAAUUGCAAGAGAUAAGUUCCUCUUAAUGGCAGUAGUUGGCGGCAAAGAAGAUGCAACGCCGCAAGAAAUUUUCGAUAUUUGGAAACAAUCAGAAAAUGUCAAAAUCGAGCAGCAUCGUUUAAGAUGUUCUGUGGUGCAACCUUUGCCAGCAUCCUUGCCACCUAAUGGAAACAUUCCCAGUUCCGUAAUACCGGAAGAUCUCGUCGAUAAAAUUGAAAAUCUCAAGAUGAUGAUGUAUCAAAUGUGCGAGUGCAAUAAACAAUUGUCCAAGGAUAUAUCAUAUCGACAAAAUGUGAUAACUGUUUUAUUAACACUUCUGUUUAUAUCUGUACUAUUGAUGAUUUUUUUCACUUUUAAGCCUCCGUCCUCCAUGCAGUCCGCUUAUACUCAUCCUUCAUGCCCUGCUUCGUUUAAUAACGACGACACUUGAAAGUAUCAUUCCUUUCUUAUUGUUUCUGGUUUCGGUUUAUUGGUUACCAUUUUCAUUUUCAAUUUUUUGUUCGCUGUGUUGAAACUUUCGUUGAUUAAAUUUAAUUUAUUCGUUUUUAUCGUAAUAAGUUUUUGGGCAUUGUCUACCUCAUUUGUAAAUUUUUUCAGAUAUGACGAGUCAUUUUGAAACGAUAUGCCAUACAUUUUAUACAUACAUUUUAAUGAUGAUAUACUUAUUAUUAUACAUAAUUUAAUUUCGAGCUUUCAGUAUUGUACAUCAAACGAAUACCGAGAAACGCUAGAGCAGCUUUUUAAGGCUUGAAGAGCUUUUCAAUGAAUAAAAUAAUUUAUGGUUAAGCGAUAAAAAAAAUAGUCAAUUUUUAAGUUAUAAGGAAACGAGCAAAUGUAUAAAUUGCAUUACGCCAGCUUCGUAAUCGUUUAAAUACGUACCUAACUUAUGAGUAUAUAUGUAUACAUAAGAAUGAAUGAAAAUUGAGCCUUACGGUAUAUUACCUUUUUACUUACAUGUUGAUUUUAAAAUCUUCCAAAAGAAACGCUGCAUUUUUUGUACAAAAAUUUUUUUAUUAUUUGUUUUGUUACCAUUUUUACUGAUGUUUCGUUUACGCACUAUUCUUGGUUCCAUUCUGGUAUUUACGUAUUCAACUCCACAUGAAUAAUUAUAAUAAUCCGUGCGUGUGUAUUCAUGAACUGUAUCAGUUCGAAGAUGAAAUGUUCACAAACUUUAUCGUUUUUACUGAAGUAAGAUUGUAGGGGGUUUAUAUUGUCAUUAAAACGGAUAUAUUUGAAA